GGGGGCUUAGUAUACGCAUUCACUCCUCUUGCUUCCUUUCUCUGACUUUGCUCGUUGCAUCCAAAAGAAAAUGGGUUUCUAUUUCAUUUAUCUGACAUAUCUAAUCAGACACCCAACAUUCUUUCCGCAUCUAAAUGAAUUGAUUCUUGAAGGAAGCCAAAAAAUUCUAAGCUUUCGAUGGAACGGACCACAAUUUUUGGACGUUCUAUUUGGCUAUGCAAUCAAACUGCACAUCCACUCAGAGCAUAGUACUCUUAAAGAUCUGUUGAAACGUCUUGAUGAUUCAGCUUUCAAGGGAUGCAGCUUGCUAAUACAGCAGACGGAGGAUUUAGCUGACGAUUGCUACUACAGAAGACAGAGAGAAUCUUGUCGAGAAUUUUUAGAGCUCCUUUUCUGUUUCACACCAGAGCUUAGGGAGAUUUUUGCAAUUCCAAAGCUGCAGCAUUUUUCUAAGCAAAACGAACUUUUACCAAGCUUUAUAGACUUUCUGGUUGAAACUCUACAAGUAUUGCUGGAUUCUGAAACUGAUUCCAACGUUCCGGAGGAAGAUCAACUUAAACUUCUUUUGAUGGAUCUGAAAUUUCUGCUCACCUUUCUUGGUGAUACACCAUUGCACUGUACUGAACUACAAGAAAUCAGUAAUAUAUGGAUAGAUAUUGAAGAUAUUGUUAACGAAGCAGGAAUUCUUUUGCACUCAUUCCUUUUCACCGACGAUCGAGUGGAUCUGGCACUUUCUAUUUUGUUACCCAACUUUGAGAUCCUGAAUGCAAAGAUUGAAGUGUGUUGUGUCACAUUCUCGAAGCUGCCAACGUAUACAGCUCAAAACACUGCUGUGGUUUCAUUAUUCAUUGUUGAUUCUCUCCUUGCUGAUCUCAGUCAUCUACUAAAUAACAAGGCAGAUCUCAUUGUUGAUGUCAAGGAUCAAUUAAUAACAUUCCAUGAUGAAUUGAUGUCCUCCAGAUCCUUCCUCGAGGAUAUAGAGGUGCGACAACAUUUGGAGAUGAAAGAAUGUGUAAAGAGACUUAGCAACCUGGCAUAUGAAGCUGAAUAUAUCAUUAACUCAUUUGUGGUUGGAGACGUUCCUAUUUGGUAUCUCACCGUUCGGCUCUCUGAUUUCGUCCAGAAGAAUAAAUUCAUCAAAACUACACUCUCAGAAAUCAAGCUUGACUAUGGCGUUGAAAGGCUAGAAGUUGCACCAAGUCUAAAUGUAGCAUCAUUCCAACAGAAAAUCAUUAUCCCAGUUGAUGAAAUUAUUGUGGGCUUCAAGGAGGAGAGGAUCAGAAUAGCAAGCCAGCUUGUUGGAGGACCAGGAUACCUACAAUUUAUUUCCAUCAUUGGGAUGCCUGGACUUGGUAAGACCACUUUAGCUAAGAAAUUGUACAAUGACUCCUCUGUUCUUUAUCAUUUUCAUAAGCGUUCUUGGUGUGUUAUUUCUCAAACAUAUCAAAAGAGAAAUAUUUUAAUUGACAUUUUGAGUUCCAUAAGUAAUCUUAACCGGGAUACGAUGGUGAACAUGAACGAUGAGAUGUUGGCUGAAUAUCUUUACAAAAAUUUAAAAGGAAGGAGAUAUCUGAUUGUAAUGGAUGAUAUAUGGAAUAUAAAUGCAUGGGAUGAUUUCAGAAGGUAUUUUCCAGAUGACAAAAAUGGAAGUAGAAUUCUAUUCACCAGUCGGAUGAAAGAUGUGGCUUUGGAAGCAUCAUCAAAUGGUAUUAUUAAUGAACUUCCUUUCCUGUCAAAAGAUGAAUGUUGGGAUUUACUAAAGCAGAAGAUAUUCGAGAAGGAUCUUUGCCCUCCAAAACUACAAGACAUUGGAAUGAAAAUUGCAAGAAAUUGUCAGGGACUGCCGCUUGCUGUCGUUGUGAUAGCUUCUGUUCUUUCAAAUAUGGAGGAGAAAGAAAAUUUAUGGAAAGAAGUAGCAAGAAGUUUAAUUUCCUACGUUUCCAAGGACCCUAGCAAAGAUAUACUGGAACUUAGUUAUGAGUAUUUACCUAUUCAUUUGAAACCGUGCUUCCUUUACUUUGGAGCAUUCGAGGAAGACAGCGAAGUUCCAGUUAGGAAGUUGUUAUCACUGUGGAUUGCUGAAGGUUUUAUACAGAAAAAAGAGCAGAAAAGAUUAGAGGAUGUAGCAGAGGAAUAUCUAAUGGACCUAAUUAACAGGAGCUUGGUACAAGUUGCCAAAGGAAGAUCCGAUGGUGGAGUGAAAACUUGUUAUAUUCACGAUCUAAUACGUGAUAUGUGCUUGAGGAUAGCAAGGAAAGAAAACUUCCUGAAGGUGGUCGAAAAUCAAUUCUCAAUCUAUGAGCAACAUCAUCGCCUCUACGUCAAUGAUCACACUGAUGCUACUUGGACAAGACCCUUUGGCCUACAUAUUCGCUCUUUGUUGUCCUAUCCCUAUGGCAUUCCUUUGAUUCCUUUUCGUAAUUUAAAACUUACUAGGGUCUUGGAGAAAGUAAAAUAUAUGGUUCCAAAGGGAAUCGAGUUCCUUGUUCACUUGAGGUACUUGGGAAUUCCACGUUUAUCUUCAUCAAUAGAAACCCUCGAGAACCUAGAAAUUAUUCUUGCAGAGCAUGCAGAUGUUAUACCACCUUUCCUUCUGAAUAUGACUAAAUUGAGGCAUCUUCAUGUCAGAGACCCGGUGAGAUUCGGCGAUAAUUGCGAUAGCUCGCAAAUAAAUAACCUAGAAACCCUUUCUUUUGUUUGUAUUUUUGAUUUGAAGGAUGAAGAGAUCUUGAGAUGUUCACCAAAUCUUCAUAGCCUCAAAUGCACUUGUAAACCAUUAUCAGUGGGUGAUGGGGCUUAUCGCCAUCUUGAUCUCAACUUUCUUACGCAGCUUGAAUCACUCAAAAUGGUAUUCCAAGGCGACUUCAAAGGCAAAUGUACAGCCAUUAACUUCCCCAGUAGUAUCAAAAAGCUUACUCUAUCCAAACUAGGUUUGCCUUGCGAAAAAAUGUCAUUAAUCGGGACAUUGCCCAACCUUGAGAUACUCAAAUUAGAAUGUGAUGCCUUUGAAGGAGAAAUAUGGAACACGGAAGAUGAUGAGUUCCAGAAACUGAAAUUCUUGAAACUAGAUAGCCUUGAAAUUGAACAAUGGAAUGUCUCAUACGAUCAUUUCCCGAUACUUGAAAGAUUAGUGUUGACAGAAUGCAAUAAACUGAGGAAUAUCCCUUGUGAAUUAGGCAAUAUUCCAACUCUGCAGAUGAUUGAGGCACAUUCUUGCUGCGUGACUGUAAGAAAUUCUGUUAUGCAAAUUAAGGAAGAACAACUGGAAUACUAUGGUAACCAAGAGCUUAAAAUCAUCAUCUCUGGAUCUGACUCAUGAACAGAGCCGAAGUUUUUUCUGCUGGUACACGCACAUGAGAAAUGAAUGGUUUUUGGCAAUCAAGGCAUGAGAUGGGUCGCGAAUUAACAACUAAAUGGAGAUCCACCAGGCUUUAGAACUUUGUUAAUUAUUGGUUUAGCUAUUAAUCCUGCUAAAACUUUUAGUAUUUUCUUUUAUUUUGAUGUCGAAUUUUAAGUUAUGCAUUCACUCUUAUUAUUUCA